GCUGGGUGCAUGUGGGGGCCGCAGGAGAGCCGCGGCGGCUGCAUCUGGAGUCGCGCGUGCCGGCCAGAAAGCCCUCGCGUGGAUCUGCAAGCCUCGCUGCUCCGGCCGAAGGAGCUCUCGCUUCUCCUCCGGCUCCAGAAGCUGCUGCCCGCGCGGAGGAAGCCAGCAGGGCCCUCGGCGGGAGGUUAAAACCCCACGGAAGGAACAUGAGGUUUCCCCCGGAGGUUGUUCAAGAGGACAACGGAAGGAGCCAUUUAAAAUAGAGUAAAGACUACCAGACUGCAAGACUGGGGCCCGAGGGCUGGCAGUGGAAAACUCUGUUGGGCUGUGAUCUCUCACUGAAAAGUCCCAAGUGCCUUUUUGCUUCCUGUAAAAGGAAGGAAGACAAGAAGGAGACCAUGUCUAUAGCCCUGAAGCAGGUGUUCAACAAGGACAAGACAUUCCGGCCCAAGAGGAAGUUUGAACCGGGCACGCAGAGGUUUGAGCUGCAUAAACGAGCUCAGGCAUCCCUCAACUCAGGCGUGGACCUAAGGGCAGCUGUGCAGUUGCCCAGCGGGGAGGACCAGAACGAUUGGGUGGCGGUGCACGUGGUGGACUUCUUCAAUCGCAUCAACCUCAUCUACGGCACCAUCUGUGAGUUCUGCACGGAGCGGACCUGCCCUGUGAUGUCAGGGGGCCCCAAAUAUGAGUAUAGGUGGCAGGACGACCUCAAGUAUAAGAAACCAACUGCACUGCCAGCUCCCCAGUACAUGAACCUGCUCAUGGAUUGGAUUGAAGUCCAGAUCAACAAUGAGGACAUAUUUCCAACGUGUGUUGGUGUUCCCUUCCCAAAGAACUUCCUUCAGAUCUGCAAGAAGAUCCUUUGCCGCCUUUUCCGGGUCUUCGUCCACGUCUACAUCCACCACUUUGACCGCGUCAUUGUGAUGGGUGCAGAGGCUCACGUCAACACCUGCUACAAGCACUUCUACUACUUCGUCACGGAGAUGAACCUCAUAGACCGGAAGGAGCUGGAGCCCUUGAAAGAGAUGACAACCAGGAUGUGUCACUAACACCCCGCCUCAUCUUCCAGAAGAAAGGAACCCUGUUUCUCCCAAGAGUCCCCACGGGACAAGAAGUGGUCCUCCCUGGCUGACAUGAUCCCUACUUCCAGGAGCAGGAACGCCGGAGCCCCGCCAGGACUUCUGAAAGACAUCUCCUACCCAUUCCAUGUGCUCUUACCCUCUAAGUGCUGCUAGCCAGAGCCUGCGGGCCAUGCAGACCGCAGCACGAAGGACCAGCCUUAACCCCUUCGGCUGAGGACAGUGCAGGAGAGGCUGCUGCCCUUCGCCCGUGGCACGCUUCUGCCUGGGAGCUGCCCCCUAGGCUGUACUGGAAUUCAGGUUACAAGACUGAGAGGCUUGUUGCAGUGGUUCUUGUUAGGCUUUUGACUCAGUUCUCUGUCACUUAUUUUUCUAAGUACCAAGCAAAUUUGGAGAACGUUUAGGUGGUACAUUUUCCUAUGCCAUCUCUCCACAAUUUCCCUAAGCCGUUGAGCCCUGGCUUUGGGGCUUUGGGGACUGAGACAAGGAAAGGCCUGCAGUUCUGGAACCAUCCACCAUUCACCUUGUAGGUGGCUUCACCAGGGGCCAGUUAAUGGCUACAUGAUGUAUGCCCCAGGCAGGCAUUCACAUGCUAACAACGGGAAAAAUCUGGUGACUGGAAAUAUAGCUGGUGCAUUAGCAGUUUGCCCUAGUCAGAAGGUAUUUUUCAUAGCCACAGCCAUUUCUAGACUCUUCCAUUAGAGAUAAACUUUCCCAUUUCCCAGAAGAGAAAGAUAAAGUUAAAAAUGACCUCUAGGAUCCUUGAGCCAGAUUAGUGCAGUGUUUGCUAAGGGGUAGUGAGUCCUAGCUGUCCCUACACAGAGUAAUACUAGGGUCUCAGUGACAAGAGAAAAAUACAGUUGGUAUUUGGUACAUGUAGAUUAACUACUCGACUUGUGGCCUUUCCAACUUGACUGCAGAGAUUCUUCUCCUCCCCAUUUUCCUUUUCUCUCCUCCCAACUUUCCCUCCCUAUUCUCCCUAUUAUCACUACAUUUCUUCCUCAUUCUCUCCUUAUUUCUCCCCAGUCAUCCCACCAGACGAUGACACAGAGUUAAUUUCUGUUGAGUGCUACGGUCACCAAGGUCUUCCUGUUAUCCAUUCAGUUUAUCCCUUCCAGCAGUCAGAAUACCAUUCUGUGCUCUCUCUUGCCUUUAGAAGGUUUAGUAAAUGAAAUGUUGCCUUCUCUGAUUCAUUGACAAAACUGUGGUUCUAACAGCUUGACUAAGAAGUACCCUACUUCCCAUGAUAUUGAUUUCAGUAAAGUGUCAGUUGGUGAAGGGAAGUAGAUAUGAAUGUAUUCUUGCAGUUAAAGUAAUAACAAAAGAUGACUAAGUUAAUCUGAUGUUACUUAGUAUACCUAAUAUGUUAAAGCCAUCUGUGGCCACCACAAAGGCCUAGAAAGCAUGACAUCUUUGUCUAAAUGAUGAAAAGGCUGACUGUAUGGACUGAGUGACAUUGUGCAUGAUGGAACUGUGCAGAACAACCCUUCCUUCCUGUGCGUGGAUGUCUUGUGAGACCAUCAUUACCACUUUGAUGGUACUGGCUUGCUCCAACCUACAGCAACUUUUUUUCUUUUCUCCCUAAGUAAUGUUUAGAGGCCAAGAUAAGCAAUGCUUUUUUGGUUUGGGUUUGGGUUUUGGUUUGCUUUUUUUGUUUUUGGUUUGUUUUGUUUUUUUUUUUUGGGGGGGGGGAUUGUUUGGUUUUGUUUUGGGUUUUGUCAAUAUCACUUUGGGCUAAAAGUAUUAUCUAAGGGCCCAGCUAUAAUAACACACAUGGGAGGCAGGAUGGUGGCCCUGAGAAAUGGCAGGUCAUUCCACAAGGCCUUGGGAAGUGUGUGCAGCUAUGUGCCUUUAACAACUGAAGGACUUACUCCCCUUUGUGCCUAUAUUUCAGUAAUGCUUAGUCCCAGGAGAAGCCCGACUUUGAAGACAUUUGUCAUUUCUUUCUAAAGUUAUUUCCUACCAAUUAUUUGUGUAUAUGAAAUUUCCAUUUAGCUUAAGACAUCCAAUUAUUUUUUAAUUCUUGGAACAAUCUUCUCUGGCUUGUAUUGCUAAUUGCACUAAUAAGCUCUUAAGGUCUAGCCGGCUGCUCUGCUUUUUUAAAGUACAGGGUGUUCAUCUUUCUACAGAACUUUGUUUAGCAAAUUCUGAAGAAAAAUAAAAUCCUCACGAGUUUCUUUUAAGCCUUCAGCCUGACCCUAUCUUCCAUACAUCUGUAUUGUGAAUGGGAUAUCCUUGCAAACUCUAGGACAGAUCCAGGCCUGUUUCUGUCUCCUAACCUUAUUCUUUCUCCUUUUCUGCAUUUAUUUUAAUUUUGGGAAAAUUCAAAGUUGAAAGAUUAUAAAUGUUCUUGAGUGUACCAAGCAUUAGCAUAUCACCUCAUUUUCUUUCUCACUAUAAAUGCAGUCAUUACAGAACCAUCAAAAACAAAUUCCAGUCAUCAUAAAGUUUUAAAAUAUCUUAUCAUUCAUACCCCUCCUCAUCUUCAAUGUCAUCAACUACAGAGCCAGAACAUUAAUGCUGUGCAUGUUUGAUAAGACAACCCAUGGUUCAAAUUCUGCCUCAAAAAAUUCUUUGUAGUUGAUUUUUCUUUAAAAAAAAAAAAAAAUCUAUGAUAUAAUCAAAAACUACACUUUGCAUUUAAUUGCCAUUAUUUUCAUUUCCAUUAAUGGGUUAUCACCCUCCCUCCCACCCCCCGCUGCAUGCACGUGUGUGUGUGUGUGUGUGUGUGUGUGUGUGUGUGUGUGUGGGCUGUCUUUUAUGACUGGCUUUACUAAACAAAUUCAAGCUGGUUUUAAUAUGGCAGUGUGCCCACAUUCUGAAGGAAUACUUUCUGCUUAUUUCCUCAUAGUGAGAGUUAGGUUAAACAUGUCAAGGUUAAGAGUGUUCACAGUGUUGAUGUGUCUUCCUUGCAAUGUGAGAGAAAAUGUUAAUGUCUGAUUGAAGAUUAAUCAGUGGGUUCAAGGGUUAUCUGCCUCUGAGCCAAUCAAGUUCCAUAAUUCAUUGUUAAGCUCUGAAAUUCAAUACACACACCAUGUCUAUAAUAUGAAGUUCAAUGUGCAUACUUCACGUCUUAAUGUUAUCAGAGACCAUGAUACCCGAUAUUAAAUCCUUUGCUGUGGAUGGUACAGCAGUGUGACAGGAGUGAGACCUUUCCAUUAAGAUGAAAAGGAAGCAGGAAUAUUUCAUUUGCAAAGAAUACAGAAGAAUGUUGGCUUAUGAAUGUGUAUGAUCCUACAGCCAGAGGUGAAGUGUGUGUGUGUGUGUGUGCAUUGUUUCUUUUUCCCUUAGUGACUUCCCAUUCAGACCCAUGGUUUAUUCAUUGAGCUCAGCUCAUAUAUUAUGAGACACUACUCUUUACAUAGCCCUGGGUAUUCUGAAACUCGCUAUGUAGACAAGGCUGGCUUUGAACUCAUUUGCUUCUGCUUCCUGAGUGCUGAGAUUAAAGGCAUCCACCACCAUAUACACUGCUCAUAUAUUCUUGUGGAGGGCGACUACUAAGUAUUUUUGAAAACAUAUUAACUUUCACAGUUUGCUGUCUCUCUCCAAAAGAGAUGAUUAGGAAUGAAGGUUUGUUUGUUUGUUUUAGAUUUUUAUGAACUUGGGCACAAUCUGAGAGGCCAUACAUUUUUAUCCUAAUAGAUACUGAUUUCAACCAUAUUAAUAAGAUAUUUCCAAUCUGCCCUCUGGGGUUAAGAUCUGAACUUGGGAUACACUGUGGAAACAGAACAUUAAUCCUUCCACUUCUGUUCACCAAGACAGCCCACAAGCCCCUCAUCCAGGCCCCCUUACUUCUAGCUUCUUUUGGGUUCAGCCAAUGGAAAUAAUGGAAAGGGUAGAUUAAAUUACUGAUCUAGAUUCUUUUUCUGCUUCUUAAGCUGUUGAACGUCUCUUCCCUGAAUGUUCUAUUUCUUUUCUCGGAACUAGGGUGAAUGGAAGGAACCUCAGAGCUUCCUGAUUUAUUCUUCCUAUCAUACAAUCAUUCCAGCAACAUUCCAGGUAGAACACGUUCUGCUUUUACAGAUAGUCAGGCACAGAACUACAGAAUCCUCUGUAGAACCCACUGAAACUUGACAGCCUUUGAAACCUUCCUUCCAACCCAAGCCAAAUAGUCCUUUUGAGCUCCAGCCUUUGUUUCAUGCCUCUACCUAGAAAGGUCCAGAGACUAGUCAGUGGUAGCAAAUGGUUAAUAACAACAGCUUUACUCGCACACUAGUGAAAAACAUGAAGACUUCCUUCAGAAUCAUCCCAAUGAAGGCACCCCCUCAGAAGUUUUGCCAUUUAGCAUUUCUAUGGUUGAGCUAUAAACUCAAAAGCUCUCCCUGUGUCUGUGUCACAGACAUUACACACUGUGAACUGAUAAAUUAUAUCUUCUCCAGACCCUUUUUUUUUUUUUUUUUAAUAGUCCUGGCUAUAAGAAAUCUUUGGAUGUUCUUAUUUCAGUUGACUGUAUGGAAAUCUUUAACUAAGUUAUCUUAACUGUUCUAAGUUUCCUUUCUUCCUAUGUGUAACACCUUUCAUCAUAACACAACUGUUUGGGUUUGGUUUAAAUUUUCCUUAGCUGAAAAAAAUUAAGGAAUUCAGUUUCUACCAGUCCACCAUUUACCCAGCCCAUUGUCACUGUUGGAAGCAUGUCACUUCUAAUAGUCCCUUAGCCUAAAGGAUACCAUGCUAAGAAAAAGAAAAAGCGUGUCUUCAAGAAAUGCCAGAGGCAUCAUUUGGAUAGUAUUGUCAUUCUAGCUCUGAUAUUUUGGCUUUAAAUAAACUAGUGAUUCCUGUCUAAAAUUAGCCAAACAAAGUAUAUUUUAGAGGUAAUGAUUUUUUUUUCCUGGUUUUUAAAAUGUUUAUUAAAAAAAAACAAAAAAACUCCUUUAUAGCAAUCUAUUUUCCUCUGGGCAGGUAUUAAAUAUGGGUAAAAUAUUUUCAAUGAUAUAUAAAGAUUUGUGUAACAUAAAGGAUGAUUCAUUUUCUAAUGAAGCAAGCUGUUUACUAGCUUCUAGUGAUCUGCCUUCAAAGUUUUCCUGUCUCUUUUUUAAGUACAUCUGAAAAAUGUUAACUAUAUUUUUGUUCCACUUGUGAUUCAGUUAAGUUUGUCAGAAAGUAGACUAACAUAAUUAAAUCAAUUAAAAGAGCUAGAUAAAUCUAAAGAAUAUUUAUGAAAUAAAUUUCUGUGUGAGCUUAAGAAUUCAAAUGUCAUGAAUAAAAGCUAAAUAACCA